GGCUAAAAUAGCAUCACACUAUUUUAUAAAUACUCAAAGAGUAAAAGGAGUUUUUAAUAAUUCAGAGAGAUGAUCAUUACAAGGGCCAAAUGGCCGAAAUAUAUAAGGAGGGGAGAGGAGGGAAAACACACAAUAUAAUGAAUGCAAAUACAAGGAACCUUCCUACAUCCCUUUAUCAUUCACUAGCUUCCAAUCUUGAGUUGAUAAGGGCUGAUUUUGGCCUAAAAUAGGAGUAGGAAAACUUUAUUUUGAAAAGGAAAUAUUUUGGAUGUUUAGGGAAGGUAUGGAGAGUGUGGGCUCAGCCUAGGGUGGGUGUAGGACAACCAUGGUGUUGGGUUGGGUUCUAAGACAGGAAAAUGGAGAAGUUUCAACCCAAUUAAUGUCACCACACUUGGGCUUUAUUCCCCUGAUCUGUCUUUCCCUUGGCGGGCUACGGAGAGUCUUCGGGCAUGCUCCCGGAUAUAUAUCAGACAACUUUUACACCACGUUUGGUUCUUGGAAUUUGGAAGGAAAAGAGAAGGGACUUCAAGAAAAAGUUUGGCUGGGUAUCAAACUAUCAACAGGACUUAGAGAUUACUCAAUAUCUUUCUCUUUCAGUCUUUCUACACAAAAUUCUUUCAAUUGGCCAUUUUCCCUCCCUCCUAUGGAGAGUUACGAUCAUCGCUUCAUUUUCUUCCCCAUCGCAUGCUGCUAAGCUCUGGGCAGAUCCCAAGUGCCGAAGGGCAACAACACAGAGAGAAGGGGGUAACAAUGCAGAGAAGGGAUGCAUGGCAGCGCCGGGCUAGGGUUUUAACCCCAGCGCAUCCGAUGUUUGAAUACUGACCUCUGGUGUUUCCAAAGGCAAGUUCUAGCGCUAGCGGCAAGGGUUUUGACCCAUACCCCCGCGAUUGAUUCCGACGAGAAAGGUGUUUGGGACCAGAUUGCUUGCUAUUUUACACAACAAAUGCCAUAAAAUAGCUUGGGUAUAUCGAAGCUUGAAGAAGGCACUAGCUCUUGCAGAGCUUCCAAGAGAAGAAGCAUCCUUUCGAGCAAUCUAGGCCCGAGAUGUGUUUAGCAUCAUUUUGAUUAAUGGUGCGUUUUCACACCUCAAAACCUCUAACUUCACUCACAUACACAAUAGGCCUAAUGUACCAUCAGCUUUCUUUUUGUUUCUAUCUUUUGGUGAAAUCUUUUCAAUUAUAUUGUUUUCUUUGUGUCUCUGAGAUGUAGUUUGGAGUGCAUAAAUGGGCCUUCAUUGUGUUUGUAAUCACUUUCAACUUUUUAAUGAAAUACAGAAUACAAU